AGAGCUAUUAAAUGAGCCGAAAUUUUUGGUCUAUUCUUUUUAGCUGAACUGGUUGCACCAGUUCAGAAAAUGUGUACACACUUAAGCCUAAGAAUCUCAUACGUACGCUUCAAUGUAUAUAUAAAUUUUUUGAACAAGUGCAGCUGAUUCAGCUGAAAGGAAUGAACGAUUUUUGUAUGUAUUUCGAUUGUGUCGUCAUCGUAUGUCUUAUCGCCGUUCCAAUGCGGUUUAUUUUCUUCUAUCAAAUCUCGGAUAAGUUAGGUUAGGCAAGAUUAAAUUAUAAGUGAUGAUAAUGUCUAGUGACUACUAAGCUUUUAAUCACAUUCCUCUCAAGGAUUUUAUUCUUCAACCGUUUUAUUCUCCCUUUUUCUCGACGUAUCAGGAAAACUGAUAAUAUCACUGUUGCAAUAACGCGAGUACAUUAACGAUCUCUCACGGUGUGUCCGUACAAUUUAAAGUACAAUAGACCAUUUUUAUUUAUGCGAUGGCUGAGAAUGCCAAAGUGGUAGUAUUGUGUAGAGGUUUGUCCGAAAAGAAUGAUACUCAAAAAGCGUAUGUGGAAACGCUGGAAUCCGCCGGUUACACUUGCGAGUGCUUGCAAACUCUGCAAUUCGAAUUUGUAAAUAUUUCCGAAUUGCGAGCGUGCCUGUCAAGAGCAGAUGAGUAUAGUGGUCUGAUAUUAACCAGUCCUCGUACGGUUGAAGCUAUCGCACUAGCCGUUAAUGAAGAUACGAACAUUCUGCGCCACUGGGAAGAACUACCUGCAUAUUGUGUGGGGCCUGCAACAGAAUCUGUAGCUCAAAGUCAGCUUAAUUUGCAACAUUGCACAGGCAGCCAAUCUGGUAAUUCCAAGCGAUUGGCGGAAAAAAUUAUUCUCAAUGUAAAAGACGACUCGAAAGUGUUGCUCUACCCAUGCAGUGAGAUUGCACGUGAGACUAUGGCGUCUAUUCUCGGUAACAACGGGGUUUUAACACACAAGCUUGUGGUUUACAAAACAUUAGAGAGCGAGUCCCUAGGGCGGGAUUUAGUAGAAAUACUCAAAAAAUCUUCUAGCAUAUUCGUUUUCUUCAGUCCAUCCACAGUGGAAUAUAUUGCGGCACAGCUUGAAAAAAAUUCUUAUACCGUCAGAGACAUAAUAGCAGUAGCUAUAGGUCCUGUGACAAGAGAUGCAUUGAUUAAUUUCGGUUUCGAUGUACACGCAACUGCAGAAAAGCCUGAACCGGCAGCUUUAAUACGUGCAAUUGCGGCAGCAGCUGCGGAAAAUUAUCAUAAGGAUGCAUGAAAAAAUACCAUGUUAUGGUAUUAAUAUAGUCUGCCAAAUAUCCUUAAUAUAUGACUUGCCAUUUUUGUAAAAUAUGUAUUUAAAUUGUUAUAUGGAGGAUUGUCCUCUAUACUUUAUGAGAGAUAUAUAUUUUUGAUUAUUCAUCAGUAUAACGAUCGUGUAAAUAAUGUGUAUUACCUGUAUAUAUACAAGAUAUGUAGCAGAUUAUAAAAAUCACAUAUGUAUAAAUAUACAAUAUGUUGUAACAACAGCUUUGACUUAAUUCGUGAUUUUUUGUCAGAUCAUUUGCAAUAGAUAACAUGCGAUAUCUUUUACAGGAAGACGAAACUGUUGCUUGUAAAUUUAUGCGCGCGCGCGCGCGCACACACACACACACACACACACACACAAAACAAUCCUGAUUAGUACUGCUAGAAUAUCUCAUUUCGUAUAUUAUCAAUCAUUAACUGUCUAAAUCUUAUGUAUAUAUAUUACAUAAAUACAUCACGACACGUGUUAACAAAAAAAAAAAAGUAUAUAAAUA